CUGACUCGGACCCCAGAUUCCAUGUGACUUGGAGCGAACAACGUUGCAACAUUGACACCAAGUCUCGAUAUAACUUACCUUCGAAAGGCCAUUCAUUUUAUGGCGAGUCUUUUGUAAAUCAAUUACAUGGCGGCUCAACAAAAAACGGAGCCCGGCGCCAAACCAGCCACGGAUAGUCAGCGCGGAAGUUCGAGGCACGACAUUAGCAACAACGGAGCAUUAGCAACACAACUACGGAUAUUGGAUGCGCUCCUUCACAUCUUGAUUCCCGGGACCAUCCUGGUCCACCUCAUCGUCGCCCCUUACACCAAAGUCGAGGAGUCCUUCAACAUUCAAGCAGCCCACGACGUGCUCGUCUAUGGGACACCGACCUCAGACAUCUACCAUAAGCUGUCGACCACUUAUGAUCACUUCACUUUUCCGGGUGCAGUUCCCCGGACAUUCAUAGGCCCAGUGCUGCUGGCCGGGCUCGCCCAGCCGAUUGUUGGCCUCGUUGGGUUCCAACAUGCCCAGUUCGUCGUCAGGGCCAUCCUGGGACUGUUCAAUGCAGCCUGUCUGCUCAUCUUUGCCUGGAGUCUGAGGAGGGCAUAUGGCGCGGGCACAGCAAGAUGGUAUCUGCUCCUUCAAGCGAGCCAGUUCCACAUCAUCUUCUACGCCUCCCGGACGCUGCCAAACAUGUUUGCUUUUGGACUGACAACUCUCGCCUUCUCCUUCCUACUACCGCACCCAAGCGGACCCAAAUCUACCGCCCACCGCCAGCGCCUCUCCAUAACCAUGUUCGUCUUCGCCGCCGUCGUUUUCCGCUCCGAAGUCGCCCUCCUCCUUGUCACCACCAUCCUCCACCAACUCGUCAUGCCCUCUCUCUCUCUCGAGCGCGUCAUCUUCCCCUUCAAUGCAUCCUUUCUCAUCGCCCUGGCGACCUCCGUCACGAUCGACAGCUACUUUUGGCAACGCCCGCUUUGGCCUGAGCUCUGGGGCUUCUACUACAACGUCAUUCAAGGGUCGUCCUCUAAUUGGGGCGUCUCCUCCUGGCACUACUAUUUCUCGUCUGCCAUACCACGCCUGCUGCUCAACCCCUUCAGCUACACCCUCCUCAUCCCGCUCUCCCUCUACCACCCUGCCCUCCGCCGCGGCGCAUCCCGCCUCGUCAUCCCCACCGUGCUUUUCAUUGCAAUCUACUCCCUCCAACCGCACAAAGAGACCCGUUUUAUCUUUUACGUCGUCCCUCCCCUUACCGCUGCCGCCGCCCUCUCCGCCAACUUCAUCUCGAGCCGCCAGCGGUGGCAGAAGUCCCCGCUCUUCCCCCUCCUUACCGCAGUCAUCACCCUCUCGGUCAUCAGCUCCCUGGCAGCGAGCACCGGCAUGCUAACACUAAGCGCCCUCAACUACCCGGGCGGCGAAGCAUUGGCCCACCUACGCACCAUCAUCCUCUCUUCUUCCCAAGGCUAUGAUAUCGUCCCGGUUCACGCCGACGUGCUAUCCUGCAUGACAGGCGUCACACUGUUCGGCACCUCGACCGCCUCGACCAUCUCCUCCGCAGCCGAUGCCGCUCUCUCGAUUCGCCGUACCGGCUUGAACCUAGGUAGCGCCGAAAAUGGUAGCGACACAACAACCGGGACCGUCAAAUUCAGCCAUAUGCACACCUCUCCCAGCAGCCACCACCGCGCUCAGCCACGCCCAAUCCUUGCCCUCGACAAAACGGAAUCCCCGUCCCUCCUCGCGCUACCCUCCUUCUGGACCCAAUUCACCUACCUCCUCCUUGAGGACCCGGCAAAGCCCACGGGCGGGCAAUGGGAGAAGGUGGGCGUUGUGCAAGCCUACGCCGGGAUCGAGCUUGUCAAGCCCGGUAGCUACGACACACACGAGACAGAUCAUGACGAGGAAAACGACCAAAUGGGGCCGCCGAUUGUUGGUCUGGGCAGGACAGUCGGCGCGUGGCGGAGACGGGUGCGGGCCCUGACGGGCGGGUGGUGGAUCGGUCCGCGGAUGGUGGAUCGGAUCUAUAUCCUGCGGAGGGUGGAUAGGAGCAGGAAAGAAGAAGAGGGCGGGUCCGGCGGGAGGCGAGGUGUUGCUGCUGUCGAGGCGAGAUAGAAUAGUCCCUGAUCCCUAUGUAACAGUGACUUGUGUUACCCUCUUGAUCAAACUGUU